AUGGGACAGUCAUCGAGAACAUUACAUGAAAAUAAAUACCAAGGUGCAUUUCAAUAUGAACAUCAGUAUGGAUACCAGUCUGGAUAUCAGUCUGAAUUUCAGCCUCAAUAUCCAAAAAAACCUAGCAAAGAGAAGACUUUAAAAAAUGUUUAUGAAAAUCCUGUACCAUCAACAAGUCGCGAAUCUCGAGAUAUAGCCAUGUUAGUCUACACGGAGAAUAAUUCAAGUGAUAUGGAAGAACCUUAUUCUCCAGUUGUAUCAGAAUAUUUACCGAGUCAUCACACAAGUCGUUCCUCAAGUCUAGUAAGAGAAUUAUGUUCUCCUUUGCCUUCGUCGCUGAUUCAUGAUAUGAUAAAUAUUCCUCAGAAUAAUUCAGAAAGUACCUUCAAAUUUGAUACCCCUUUAAAAAUGCACAGUAUUGUAGAUUUCAUUGCAUCCCCUUUAAUUAUCUACAAAAAUAUGAACAUUAUUAAGAAUUCAAAAGAAUUAGCUGAUGAUAGUGAUAUAACAUCCCAAGUUAAUUAUUUAGUAGAAUCGAAGGAGUUAAACCAUUAUCGCCCUCAAUAG